AUGGAGGUUUCGACGCUGCAGCAGCCGCGCCCUGAGAGUCUGCGGACGGCCUCGCCGUCUCAGGUGCUGGACCCGAGCGAGGUGCAGGAGGCGAUCCGGCUGCACUUCAGCCAGCUGCACGGGCAGCUGCAGCUGCGGCAGCUGGCGCUCACCGAGCAGCUGCUGCAGGCCGCCCAGUCGCAGCGCACUGCCAUCCGCGACACGGAGGCGGCGGCCGAGGAGGGUGUCACGCGGCUCCAGCAGCUGCUCUCGCAGGCGGAGCCGGUGCUGGCCGGCGCCGAUGGUGUGGCCGUCACCGCCGACCUGGAGCCGCUGCUGCAGCAGCUGUCGGCCGCCUCCGACCGGCCCUGCCACCUGCUCUGGGCCGACGGCGACGCAGACGGCGGCCGCGUCAGCUUCCUGGCCGACAAGACGCUGCUGACCUCUAUCGGCGACCACGGGAAGCUGGAGGUGGACAUUGCGCCACCAGUGCGUCUGCUGUCGGACGCUGAGCUCCCUGCAGACCAUGUCGUCACCGAGAUCACGCCCGAUAUGCUCGCUGAAGAGGAGGAGCCGGUGCGUGACACCACGCCGGCCGUGUGCUCCGAGCCGGCCAUCCCUCCGGCGGCGGCGGCCGGCACUGUGGAGCUGCUGGCGGUCACAGCGUCCCGGCCGCUGCCGCCGACGCCGGCGCGCCCCGGCAGCUCGCCGCGCCCCCCGUCCGACCGCCGACUGGCGGCGGUGUUCCCGGCCCCGGCCCCGGCCCCGGUCCCGGCUGCCGCCCCCGCCGCCAGGGACAGCGGACGCACGGAGGCCGCGGACGGCUCCCUGGCGCCCUUCGGCCAGGAGCGGGUGCUGGUGACCCACAUCAACAGUCCGUCUCAGUUUUACGUGCAGCGCUGCUGCCAGAACCGUCAGCUGCAGGAGCUGAUGCGGCGCGUGGCGCAGUGGAGCCGCAACCCCGACAGCAAGCGCAACAAACACCUGCUCACACUGGCCAAAAACGAGCUGUGUCUGUCGCAGUACCGCAGCGAUGGCCGCUGGUACCGCGCCCGCAUCAUCGACGUGUACCCGCCGGGCGAGGAGGGAGCGCCCUUCGAGUACGAGGUGUUCUAUAUCGACUACGGUAACCAGGAGCGUGUGCUGGAGUCCCGCCUGCUGCCCAUGUCCGGCCCGCUGGCCCGCGACCACGACAUGGCUCUGCUCUGCACCCUCUGGGACCUGGUGCCGGCCGGCGGCGCGGCCGCCUGGAGUCCGCGCGCCACACACGCCUUCGCCGAGCUGGUCCGAGGCGAGUCAGUGGCGAUGACCACCAUCAGCGCGAAGCCGGGCCGGCCGCGCGAGGUCGAGAUGCUCAAGAUGCCCAACCGGAACAUCGAGGCCGACUCGCCGCAGUCGGUGCGCGACCACCUGGUGUUCCUCGGCGUGGCCAGCUACGUGGGAGGCGCCGCCGCAAAACGGUCUCGGGCGGCGCCCGGCUCGGGAGUGGCCGCCAGCGCCGGCCGCCGGCCGCCGCCCGCCACCCCGGCCGUCACCGUAGCGCGGAUGGAGAGCGCCACCGCCGACCGACGCCAGUUCUACGCGCCCGAGCACCUGGCGCGCGGGUCUCAGACGGACGUACUCGUCAGCCACGUGGACUCGCCGGAGACGUUCUACAUCCAGCAGCUGGGCGUCCAUGCCGAGUACCUCUCCAAUAUGAUGGACGAGAUCCAGCGAGUGUACGCCAAGAGCUCCAAACACGCGCUGCUCAACCCGCAGAAAGGCCAGGUGUGCGUGGCCCAGUUCUCGGUCGACGGCAAGUUCUACCGAGCCGAGAUCGAGAUCCUGCUCUCUCACGGCAUGGUGGACGUCUACUACGUCGACUACGGCAACCGCGAGCGUAUCUCACUGCAGGCGGUGCGCAAAAUCGAGGACAAGUUCAUGGUCAUCCCCAAACAGGCGUUAAAGUGUCGUCUGGCUGACAUCCAGCCGAUGAACCCCCAGUCCGGCUGGGAGGACGCGGUGCGACAACAGCUCAUCGAGGCCACCGACAACUGCGUGCUCAAGAUGUACGUGGACAGCGUGGACUCGAUCUCUCACGUGGUGACUCUGUACAAGUGCCGUUCGGAUGCCGACAUCUGCAUCAACGCCCUGCUGGCUCAGCUCAGCUGCGUGAGAGGCACCGCACCCAGCACGCGUACCGUCGAGUACACCAAAGUGGGCUGGGAGCCGACGCGCGAGGUACCGGCCGCGUCCGGCUCGUCGGUGGCCUCCUGGCCGCCGUCGGCCGCCCGCCAGUCGUCGGAGCGGACAGGCACCGCCUCACAGUCGUCGGCCGGCGAGGCUGCGCCGGUGGCUACCAGCACCGGCUCGCUGGACGUGGCCGUCUGCCACUGCGAGUCGCCGGCCAAAUUCAGCGUCCAGAUUCGCGGCGAGAUCACCACCCUGGAGCGGAUGAUGCGCGAGCUGCAGGAGCUGUACGGCGGCCCGCGGGCGCCCUCCCGGCACGGCUACUCGUGGCGCGCCGGUGACGUGGCGGUGGCGCGGUGCCGCGGCAUCGACCAGCGCUUCUACCGCGUCCGGGUACUCUCCGUGCCGGAGGAGGCUGCCGACCAGGCCAAGGUGGGCGCGGCGCGGCGCUGA